AUGUCGGAUGGGUCGUCGGAUGUGAGUCUGGACUUCGUGGGAGAGGACACCGCUAUGUUAAACGCCCACCAACCGCUGGUGAGGACCACCUCCAGGAGACCAGGGCCGGACACACGGCUCCAGGCUCCCGGAACGGCUGCAGGUCUGCUCCAGCUUCUCUCCAGGAUCACCCAAGCUGAGCAGGGGGGUCUUGGGAGCGGUGAUCAUAAAAUUCGGGACCAGCCGCAGAGGUCUCAGAGUGCAGGGCAGACAACGAAGAAGGACCGGAGGCUCAGGGGCCGGAACAAGAAAAGCCAAGGCUCUGCUGAGGCCGAGGAGUAAGCCGUUCUCCUCCACUCUCCUCGGAAACCCUCCUUCCCCUUCCAGUGGGCCUGGGAGAGCUUCACCGAAGACGGCCAGGCUCUGCUUCAGCCUGGCUCCGCCUCGGCCCCUGGCCACCAAGGCCUGCCCUCGCCCCCAGGGGUCACCCGGCCCAGGGCCAGGCACUCGUCGGCGGCCAGCCUCCCGGAGGCUCAUGACUUCUGCUGGAAGACGGAGGUGCCCAGCCUGGAGAAGAGACAGCAGCCCGGGGCCUGCAGCGGCCUCCUCGGGCCCCCAGGCAAAGGGGCGGGCCAGGCGCGGGAGCCCCCUGGGGAGUGCGGCUCAGAAUGGGCCCUGGAGUCUGAGGAGGCCGCUGAGCUGGAAGGCCCAGGUGCUGAGGAGGCCAAGAGGGGUCUGAGCCCUGGGGAACUGCCCCAGCUCCUCAGGAGGGGGGCGAUCUUGGAGGAGGAGCAGUUUGCAGAGGAGGCUGAAGAGGGGGAGCCCAGGACCCCCCCAAGAAGGAGGGCUGGUUCUCGAAGGAAGGGGCAGAAUUCUGGUGAGGAGACCUCAGACGAGCACCAACUGCAGUGCCAGGCGGGCAGCCCCAGUACCAACAGCCUCCGAGGACCGCAGAGGAGGAAGCCAAGGGCCCAGGAGCCGGAGGGUCUGCAGGACCUGGAGAGGCUGCGGAGGCAGUGGCAGCAGGAGUUGGACUGUGGCCUCAGAAAACAGCCCUGGAAGGCUCUGCGGACAGCUGUUCAGGCCUCCAGCUGGAGUGGGAAGGCCCACACCUUGCGAGAUGAUGAGACUUUCCUGUUUGCCAACUUCCCCAACCGCACCUUCCACAAACGGCAGGAGGCCACCAGAAGCCUACUGCAGGCCUGGGAGAGGCAACAGCUGGAAGAGCUGCAGCAGGCCGAGCUGCGGCGGGCCCGGGAGCAGCGGGUACAGCAGCAGGUGGCUCGCUGCCUGGCAGCCUAUGCGCCCAGAGGGAGCCGGGGGCCAGGAGCUGCCCAGCGCAAGCUGGAGGAGCUGAGGCGCCAGGAGCGACAGCGCUUUGCUGAGUACCAGGCAGAGUUGCAGGGCAUCCAGCACAGGGUGCAGGCCCGGCCCUACCUGUUCCAGCAGGCCAUGCAGGUCAAUGCCCGGCUCACGGUGACGCGGCGCUUCUCCCAGGUGCUGUCGGAACUGGGACUGGAUGAGGAGCAGCUGCUGGCUGAGGCAGGAAAGGGGGACAGAGAAGGUGCCCCCAGGAAACCCAGGAGCCACAGGUCAGUGGGGGCAAGAAUGCAGGACUCUUCUCAGAGCCCCACGAAGACAGGAUCCACCGGCAGCCAGCCUGAUAAGCACUCUAACUCAAGCUCAGACCAGGAGUCUGGUGUCUAAGAUUAAAAUUAAAAAUAAAAUUAAAUGCUUUGUGGAAAA